AUCAAUGACCGCGUUAAUGACCAAGGUGGUUUCUAUAGCAGCGCGCUAAUAGUGGCAGCAGUAAGAGGCAAAGAUCGGGUAGCCGAUAUGCUACUCAACACGGGCGGCAAUGUUAACAGCCACAUUGAUGACCAAGGUAGAUUCUACAGCCGCGCACUAGAGAUAGCUACAAUGGCAGGCUGGGAUCAAAUAGUCAGAUCACUGGUCGAUGCAGGUGCUCUUUUGCCAGAGUCGUUUAUACAAGGAUACCCACGAGCGGUAGCACGAACAUCAUUUACAAGAUAGGCAACCCUGACAGU